UAGUCAAUUGACGGAUUUGCAAUGGCCUCAUCCAUUAUUGGGUUAUGUUUUGCGCUUCUUUGUCGUGUGGUAUUUUCUUAACUGUUUCAAGUUUCAGAUGGUUUUCGAGUUGGACAGCUUCUUCGAAUCAAUGAGUGAUUUUACUGGCCAGCUAGAGUCGUCUCAUAUGCAAGAAAAACAAGUAGUACACGAGGACUGGAUUCAAGGAGAAAAGGGUCUCGCAGAGGAGGUUUUAACUUCAAGUAACUGGCAAGAACAGGAAUCCUUACCGGACUUGGUUGAAGGCAGUUUGUAUUGGAGAGCCCAAGAAAAUGUUUCAGCGAAAACUAUUGAUGAGCUUGGAAACUCAAUGAACGCUAGGGCUCUGGAGGAGUUGGAAGUGUACACUCAAAGUGUGCAGCUGGUGGAGGAAGAGAGGGAAGACUUGUGUGAAAAAUAUUUGAAGGAUGAACUCCCUCCCUUAAAUAAGAGCGAUACAGCAUGUUCUUGUCAACUUUUACCUUCCUUUAUUGGGUCCUAUUCGGAGAACUUGUCAAGUUCCGCGUCAGAAGAGUUCCAACCGAGUCUUCGAAACCUUCCCUCGUACACCAGCUUCAUACCUUUGCAUAACAAUGAAGCUGGGUGUAUUCGAAAUACUCAGUCAAAGUCGGAAAGUUGUAGAUAUCCUACAGAGACGAAGAAUUGGUUAUAUCCGCAAGAAAGGGAUAGAGCGAAUCAAGGCGUUUACUGGAACAGAGAACAUUCGCAAUUUUUGAAUGCUAAGCAUCCUUCUUAUGUGGCUGCGUGCCGUGGCACAGUGCUUGAAGAGUCAAAUGCAAACAUUCUUUUUGACGACAACUGUCGAAGGUCACUGUGCUUGAAAUGCAGUGAUACUCAAAAUGCAUGGAAGCAAACACGAGCUGGAGGGGUAUCGCAUAUUUCUAUAGACCCUCCUUACUAUUUAUCUGAAGAGCCUGAAAAAAGUCCAGAUUUCUCCGACUUUCAUGGAAAGCGAUCACUCCAUGAUUUAUUAGAGUUUGUUGGUUUAUCUAUUCCAAAUUCGGUUGCAGAGUUUGAACCUUGGAGACAAGAAAUCAAUGCUUUUUUAAAAUGCCAUGGAUUGUCGAGAAGAGAAUUUGCAAAGGCUGCGAGAAUUGGAAAGAAUACUGUGGGCAAGUAUUUGUCAGGUCAAUGCAAGAAGCUCUCUCGAGAAAUUGUUUGGAAAAUAUUAAAUGCGUAUCAAACAUUGCGGAAGGAGCUUCCAUUGUUAGAAUCGGAACAGGGUGGAACAGGAAUACUGAAAUCUUGCAAGAAACGACGAACUCCAAAGAUACUAGGGAAACAGACGACAACGUCGCAGUCCAAUGAUUAUUCUUGCAUCCAAACCGAAUGGGAUCGUAUAACUAGAACUUGCGCCAUAGAAACUGAAAGUUUUAUUAUGGACCAAACUGAAUCGUCUGGUAGCAUUUCAUUCAGCAACUUGGAAGAGCAACUUUUAUCUGAAAGCAGUGGAAAUCUCCCUGUGAGCAGCGAGAAUUUGUGCAAGGAAGCAGCGAGGGAUGAAUUGAUAUCAUUCCACGACAAUUGCUCGUUGCAAAAGUUCCAUACUGCGCGUGCUUGUCUUAUUGAACAAGUUCAUCUUACUGACAACGAUAUGAAGCAACUUGAGUCUACUAAAGAGAAAUCUGGAGAUAACGUCGGAUUCAGUGCAGACGAAUACGUUUGGGUUAACCAUGUGGAUGAAGAGAUACAUCGCCGUUAUCGAGACAGUAUAGAUACUGCGUUACAUCAGGAAUCUAGUUCAACCCAAAACUAUUUAUCCUCUUUAUUACAAAUGCAGCCCAAAGUAACAACUACUUGUGAAUUACAACCAGAGCUUGCAGAGUACAAUUACUGUCCCAACUUGGAACCUUUUAUAGAAGCAACUACUUCGUUUCAUAAAGCUCCUAUACGAAUAGAGCUUAGGCUGCCGAUAAUACACUCAGACGAACGAGUCAACGCACACACACGACUUUCAAAAAAUGGGGGAGAAGAGAAAAUUGGAAUGGGUGAUAGCACUGCAAACAAGAAGUAUAAUAACCUAUCCUAUAUUUGCGAGAAUAUUAUUAGGUCCGCUAUUGACUAUCAGCAGAUAUGCAUAACUGACGAUAUGGAAAUGUGGAAGGAAGCCGUUGAACUCAUUUUGUUUUUUGGAGAUGAGAGUUAUUGUGGAAAUUUUGUGUUGGACUUUCCAUUGUCAGAGGAAUUUAUACGUUUACUUGCGCGACAAUUAUGUACGAACCUGAAUUUGGACUUUUCGCAAGUCGGUAGUAUUCUGACGAGUAUAACAGAACAGUUAACUGAAUACGGCAAAUAUCAGCCCGAGACGACACUUGUAGAGGGUGCGUUCUUUAAACCGCACCAAGACAUUUCGAAUGACUCCAAUGCAUAAUAAAGAUUUGUGUGGAGAAACUUUUGUAUGAGU